AUGAGGUUGUGGAGGUUCUGCGUGCUGCUGUCGACUGCAGUGGCAGCGGUGCCGCUCGUGGACGCCGGUAUCCUGUAUCCCAGGGAGUCCGAGUCCAGGGAGGUGAGGUCUCUGGACGGCCUCUGGAACUUCAAGCUGGACCCGGGCGACGAGGGCCACGCUCAACAGUGGUACGCCGAUGACCUCGCCUGGGUAGGAGAGGUGCUGGCGAUGCCGAUACCGGCCAGCUACAACGACGUGACUCAGCUGAAGGAGGUGCGCGACCACGUGGGGCUGGUCUGGUACGACCGGCGCUUCUUCGUGCCGCGCUCCUGGCAGUCGCCCAACACCCGCGUGUGGCUGCGCUUCGGCAGUGCAACCUAUGCCGCUGAAGUGUGGGUGAAUGGCAACAAGGUGAUGGAACAUGAUAUUGGCCAUCUACCAUUCCAAUCUGAAGUCACAUCUGUCAUUAGCUAUGGAGGAAACAAUCUAGUUACAGUUGCAGUGAGCAAUUUGCUUAAUAAUGUAACUAUUCCACAAGGCUCAUUUACAACACUGGAGACUACAAAUGGCACCAAGACAUACCAGAGCUAUACAUUUGAUUUCUUUAAUUAUGCGGGCAUUGAUCGGCCUGUUUAUCUCUACACCACACCAGGGGUCUGCAUUGAUGAUAUCAGCAUUACAACUGACUACUUACCUGAUGGGACAGGCUCUGUGCAAUAUAAUGUGACAGUAGAUGGUCAGUCUGCUGAUCUUGUUUCCUGUACUAUGUCCCUUCUGGAUGCAGAAGGCCAGGUUGUAGCCAACAGUACAGGUUUCUCUGGAGAGUUGACUGUCACAAAUGCCAAUGCUUGGUGGCCAUAUCUUAUGAACCCUGUACCAGGAUAUCUCUACACUCUUGAGGUUCAUGUGAUAUCUCCAGAUGGGGCAUCAGAUGAUAUUUACAGGCUUCCUGUUGGAAUACGGCGUCUCACCUGGGAUAGCUCAUCAUUUCUUAUCAAUGGCAAACCCAUUUACAUAAGAGGUUUUGGCAGACAUGAAGAUUCUGAUAUUCGUGGGAAAGGUCUUGAUCUUCCUUUGGUGACUCGUGAUCAUAACUUGUUAAAGUGGGUGGGAGCAAAUUCUUAUAGGACAUCACAUUAUCCUUAUGCAGAAGAAAUAAUGGACUUUGCUGAUAAGGAAGGCUUCAUCAUAAUUGAUGAGUGCUCAGCAGUGAACAUUGCAAACUAUUCGGAAGAUCUACUUGAAAAUCACAAACGCUCACUGACUGAGCUAAUCAACAGAGAUAAAAAUAGACCUAGUGCUAUCAUUUGGUCAGUAGCUAAUGAGCCUCUUACUGAACUAAAUGGAACAGAGGAUUAUUAUAGGAAAAUUAUCAAUCAUGUGAAAAGUCUCGACACAACUCGUCCUACUACAAUUGCUCAGUCAGAAAGCUGGUCUAAAGAUCAGGCAAGUCAGUUCUUGGAUAUUAUUGGAGUGAACCGUUACCUUGGGUGGUAUGAGAAUGGAGGGCUUCUUGAAACAAUUGAACCACAGUUCAUAAUGGAAAUUGAUAUGUGGAGAGAAAAGUACAACAAACCAAUAAUAAUUACAGAAUAUGGAGCUGAAAACAUUGUUGGGUUGCACUCGCAACCUGAAUUCAUGUGGUCAGAGGAGUACCAAGGAGCUUUAUUUUCUGCAUUCUUCAAAGCUUUUGACAAACUUCGAGAAAGAGAUUACUUUGUUGGGGAAAUGAUAUGGAACUUUGCAGAUUUCCAAACUGCUCAGAAUUCCAAACGUGCUGCAGGAAAUAAGAAGGGAAUCUUUACAAGAGCACGGCAACCCAAAAUGACAGCACAUAUGGUGAGACAGCGGUAUUGGUCCCUUGCCAAAGAAGAUUAUAAUGUAACGCUUCCUGAAGAUCUUAACCCCUAUGUUUGCAGUACUUGCUGA